AUGCAGACUCACCAGCCGGUCACGGCCCGCAUCGGGAUCAACUCGUUCUUCUCAUUACAGACCACAGUCAUCCCGCCUUUCUUCGGGACCAUCUGGGUGGGACUGGCCCACUUGCUAUCAGAUAUAGCAAAGAUGAUCCUUGCAUCCAUCAGCUUCACAAUCUCUGCACGGACCACUGCCUCCAAGUUUGGAGUCAAUCUCCGCUGCAGCUGUCUGAAUGGCUUAACCUCAUCCUCCAUCAGAAUUCUCUGGGAGCAUAAGGAUGGGCUAAUGCCUCUGAUGUCUGUUAUCUUCCAUGCCAUGGCCCUGUCAUACUUCUGCAGCAGAGCCACCAGCCUGCUUUUCUGCUAG